AUGCACUUCUCCAGCUUAUUGGCCCUUGUCACGCUGCUCUACAUCCAAAGUCAAGCUACCCACGGCUCGAUGUUCCCCUGCAACGAUACCUCCAAACCACACGCCAAGGGCGUCUGUAUGGCCAAGAUCAUUGUACCCGAUGAGAGGGGAAGCUCGGGUGCACCUUCGUUCCCCAUUGAGUGGGAUGGCAAGGAGUGGCUUGCCAUUGAGCCUUGA